GUGAACCCACAUAAUUAUCAGUUCUCUGCAAAUUCUUCUGUCCCGCCUUCACUUCCGUCCAUCACGCAUCAGAAACCCUAGAAUCUUCCUGCUCCAUAAAGGCAAAAGCGAGAAAAAAAAAAAACCCUAAAUUUGCUGUAAUCACAAAACCCUAGAAACCCGUAAUGGCGCUUAGCGUGAUCCAAGCCUUAGAAUUUGUAUCAAUAAAGAAAGACAAGAUAUUGAUUAUGGCGGUUAAUAGAAGAAAACGCGUAAAAAAGUGGCGGGAUACGUACUGGAUUGGCGCCUUUAUAAAGGGCCUAGAGCUUGGACUGUCGGAUCAAGGACCUAUCCCUUUCUUCAGGGUUCAGCCUCUGGUGCGGUCAAGCUUAGGUCCUUGAAACUUGAAAAGCUUCUCUGUGGACAAAAUGAGAGGGAAGGGUUCUCCAUGUUCAAUUUAUGGAAUUUUGGCAUGUCUAAUUGUUGUUCUGGCUAAGGCUGACAACCCUUAUCGAUUCCUAACGUGGACAGUUACCUAUGGAACCAUUUCUCCUCUUGGUGUUCCACAACAGGGAAUUCUCAUCAAUGGACAGUUUCCUGGUCCUCAAUUGGAUGUCAUAACCAAUGACAAUCUCGACAUCAAUGUCAUUAACAAGUUGGACGAACCUUUUCUGCUGACAUGGAAUGGCAUCCAACAGAGGAAAAACUCUUGGAUGGAUGGAGUUUUGGGUACCAAUUGCCCAAUCCCUCCCAAUGGGAACUUCACAUACAGGUUCCAACCUAAAGAUCAGAUUGGGACCUACUUUUAUUUCCCAACAACCCUGAUGCAUAGGGCAGCUGGUGGGUUUGGAGGCAUGACUGUGUUCAAGAGGGUCGUUAUACCAGCCCCAUAUCCUCCUCUGGCUGGAGAUCAUCAAGCGCUAAUUGGUGAUUGGUACAAAACUAAUCACAAGGAUUUACAGAAGAUGCUGGACAUGGGUAGACCUCUUGCAUUCCCUGAUGGAAUCCUGAUAAAUGGCCAUGCUAAUGGAGCCUACUUCUAUGCAGACCCAGGGAAGACCUGCUUUAUUAGGAUAUCAAAUGUGGGGCUGCAAACCACACUCAAUUUUAGGAUCCAAGGCCACAAGUUAAAGCUAGUGGAAGUUGAAGGGUCUCACACCAUCCAAAAUGUCUAUGAUUCCAUUGAUGUUCAUGUGGGCCAGUCUUAUGGUGUUCUAGUAGUAGCUGACCAGCCCCCUAAGGACUACUAUGUUGUCGCUUCUACUCGUUUCACUGAUCGAGUUCUUACUUCCACGGCUAUUUUCCACUACAGAAACACAAAUAUCCCUUUAUCUCUGCCUCUCCCUCCUGCCCCCACAGAUGUAGAAUGGUCUAUCAACCAGGCCAGAUCCAUCAGAUGGAACUUGACAACAAAUGCAGCUAGGCCAAAUCCUCAAGGCUCAUUCCAUUAUGGCUUGAUAAAGCCUAUGAGGAGAUUUGUUUUAGCUAAUUCUGCCCCUCUCAUCAACGGCAAAUUGCGCUAUGCUGUGAAUGAAGUGUCUUAUAUCUCUCCUGAAACCCCUCUGAAACUUGCUGAUUGGUUCAAUAUUGCUGGUGUCUUCGACUUCAACACCUUUCCCAGUGUGCCAUCCGGUGGUUUUGCGCGCUUGGGAACCUCUGUUGUGGCUUCCUCUCUCCAUGACUACGUAGAGAUCAUCUUCCAGAACAACGAAAACACAAUCCAGACAUGGCAUAUCGAUGGUUUCUCCUUCUGGGUGGUUGGGAUGGGCAUUGGACAGUGGAAGUCCGAUAGCUGGAGAACAUACAAUCUGGUCGAUGCUGUUUCCAGACACACCACCCAGGUUUAUCCCAACUCCUGGACUGCCAUAUACUUGUCAAUGGAUAACCAAGGCAUGUGGAACGCAAGGUCUGCAAUGUGGGCAAGGCAGUACCUGGGUCAGCAACUCUACUUCAGAGUCUUCAGUUCAGAGCGGAGCCUCGCAAGGGAGUAUAGCAUCCCCCACAAUACCCUUCUUUGUGGCAGAGCCCGAGGCAUGCUCAUCUCUUAGAAUUCCUUCUUUUAACACUUUUCUUCCUUUCAAAUGAAAGAGAAGAUCUUCCCAUUCUUUUCCUUCUUUUUUGUUUCUUUUUUUCUGAUGUUUUCUGUCACGAGGGGGUGACUGGAAAGGUAAUGUAAUCUUUGUCUCUGAUCAAUCAUAUUUCUUACAAACUCGAAAAUUUUUCAUUUGUCAGUGAAAAUCGAUUUGACAAGUGAUUU